AUGUCUUACUUUGCUCGCGUGGAACUUGAUGAAUGGAAACUGGAAGACGCUAUACAACACUAUAGAGAAAAGAAGCCUGACGGUGGCAAGUUACUGCUGCAAUUGGUUUUGGAUGAUCUCAACAACUUGGUGAAUGCUGAACGCAAGGGAGAAAAAGAAGCUGCUCGAAAGAUCGUGAGUGCUAUCGAGAAAGCUCAAGCAUAUCAAAUAACUGGUGGCAACACCCCAAUCGGCAACAUCUGGAUACAGUUACACCACCCUCAUGGCGAGGAUCUAUGCGUGAGCACUAUGCUUGCUGAUUAUUGGAAGGAACUCCCAUAUACGUCAAUGAGCAACGUCUUGUUUCAUGGGAACGGCAAAUGA